AUGGACUACAUGCUUGCAUCUGAGUCUGUGGCGCUGAAGCAACUUGGCUUCUCGAACAUCACCGACGUCCUUCCUGGGCAGGCUGUCUUGUUCAAGCGCGGGUCCCCCCAGUCUUCAAACAGAUUCAGGAGAUGGAGUCUUAUAGCCCUGACAUCUUUGAAUACGGGUGUAAAGUUGGCCGACAACAUCAUUGCAACGCUGGGCGAAGAAGCUGUCAAGGACAUUGAUGUUGUCAUUCCUAUCCCUGAGACUUCCAACACGGCUGCCGCAGCCCUGGCAGAGCGGCUCAAGAAGCCGUACUCUAUGGGCUUUGUCAAGAACCGCUAUGUCUUCCGCACAUUCAUUAUGCCUACCCAAAGCUCCCGCAAGCAGGGUGUCCGUCGCAAGCUCAGUACGAUCGACACUGAAUUCAAGGGCAAGACGGUGCUCUUGGUCGACGACAGCAUUGUUCGAGGUACGACGAGUCGAGAGAUCGUCAACAUGGCACGGGAGGCUGGCGCCAAGAAGGUAAUCUUCAGCAGCUGUAGUCCGGCCGUUUUGAACCCCCACGUGUACGGUAUUGAUCUCGCGACGCCCAACGAGCUCAUUGCCCACGGUCGCUCGAACUCUGAAAUCGCCGAGCACAUCGGCGCCGACGAAGUCAUUUACCAGACUCUUGAAGACCUUGCGGCUUCGUGUGCCGAGCUCUCACCCCGCGACCCUAAGACCCAGACUUUUGAGGUUGGCGUUUUCAGCGGCUGCUACGUCACCUCCAUCCCCGAAGGCUACUUCGAGCGGCUUUACGAGGCCCGCAACAGUGGCAAGAAGCGCAAGGCUGUCGUUGCCAGCAGUGGCCCCGUGGCUCAGGGCUCUGCAGAUUCUGGCCCGGCUGCCAAAACCAUCAAGACAAACGGCCUGGUGGCACGGUCGCGAUCUGAAAUGCAGUCUCCGCCGGGAACCGGUGCGGAUAUCGGCAUCCACAACGUGGCAGCUGACCCCGAGAACUAG